AUGGCGUCUUCGCAAUCGAUUCCAAGAUUUCAAGAUCAUUACGAGAAUCCCUACUUCCUCCAUAGCUCUGAUCAUGUUGGUUUAGUCCUCGUCUUCGAUCGUCUUUCUUCCAGUGCAGAGUUUCAUUUGUGGCGUCGCUUCGUUCGAAUGGCGUUGAAUGUGCGCAACAAGCUCAUAUUCAUUGACGGUACGAUUCUUAAACCACCUGAGACUCAUCGCGACGCUGGAUCUUGGUCAAGAUGCAAUGAUAUGGUUGCAACUUGGCUAAUGAACUCGGUUUCUAAAAAGAUUGCUCAGAGUUUGUUGUUUAUGUCAACUGCUGAAUCGAUCUGGAAGAAUUUGCUAGCUCGUUUUAAGCAAGAUGAUGCUUCUAGGGUGUAUGAGAUUGAGCAACACCUAGGUAGUAUCCAACAAGGAUCGAUGGAUGUAACAAUAUAA